UACGGUGCGCAGGGGUACGAUCAUUCAGUGUUGUAUAACGCGCAGUGAGGCUUGCACGUUGCUUCUCGCCCCGCUCUCCCCACAAAAGUUUCACGAGUUUUGGAUUUUGACUUUGGUGGUGUGAGUUGUGGUGAAGUUUUGUGGUUUUGAAAAUGUCAAGUACAACGCGGCUGGCGACGGCGGCGCUGCUCCUAGCGCUCGUGUCGGCGUGCGCGGCGCUGAAGUGCUGGCAAUGCGGGCAAUACAGCGACGGCGUAGGCAGCAUCACGCCAUGCGCGAACCGUAGCGCCGCGCGCUUAGACAAGUGCCCGAACAGCGCCAGAUACUGUAUCAAAUAUGUGAGCGAGUUGACAGUGGUCCGGGACUGCGUUCCUACUUGCAGUGAGAAAGAAUGGUGGGGCGCCCGCACGUUCUGCUGCGAUACCGACGAGUGUAACUCGGCGCCCGCGCACUCAUCUCUGCUAGCCUCCGUGUGCGCAGGAGUGGCCGUGCUGUACGCUGCGCGCUGACCGAACAGCUAAGCCUUUCUGAUGCCACGGGUCAGGCUCAAGCCUUGCAGUACUCAGAUU